GAGGACCGCCCAGUGCUGUAAAAUUUCUUCCUGCCCCUCCAAACGGUCAAAGUCUGAACGCAACAGAUGAAGUUCAGCUGAAACCAAACUUCUACAAGAGGAUUUACAACUUUUAUUUUCUUUGCCUUUUUAUCUCUGGACGCGAUGGGUCCACUGCUGAAAUGCAGCUUUUUUAUUCUUCUGGCGUUCUUCUCAGCUCUUGUUCCUGUGGGAGCAGAGGGAAAUGGACGGCUGUUGCACAGACAGAAGAGGGAAUGGAUUUCACCUUCCCGAAAGCUAUCUGAGAACCGAGAUUACACGGGCCUUGACUCCAUCGCUAAGAUUCGCUCUGAUAAGGAAGAGUUUGCAAAGGUGCUGUACUAUAUAACAGGGCCUGGUGCUGACCAGGAGCCUGUGGGUAGAUUUCGUAUUGACCAUAACACCGGCUAUGUGAGAGUCUAUUCCAUUCUGGAUCGAGAGGAGAUUGCUUUCUAUCAUUUAAAAGGUGUGGCAAGAUUCACCAAUGGAACCCAGGCUGAAAAGUAUAUUGACGUUAAUAUUACUGUUGUGGAUAAGAAUGACAACCCACCAGUCAUUAAAAUGCAGCAAGUUGGAUAUGUCAAUGAAUCUAGUGCAACAGGUACUUCUAUCAUGACAGUAAUAGCUACUGAUGUAGAUGAUAAGAGCACGCCCAACGCCCAGAUCUCGUACAGCAUUGUCGAGCAGACUAACAUGUUCAUGAUCAACUCUCAAACUGGAGAGAUCAGCGUUCGACAGAACACACUAGAUCGGGAGAAACAAGAUAUAUACAGGUUGACUAUUAAAGCAUGCGACUUGAAUGGACAACUAGGAGGAAACACAGCAACUGGUCAAAUCGAGAUCAGAAUUCUUGAUAUAAAUGACAAUAUUCCAACCCUGGAGAAAGAAACAUAUGAAGGGAGUAUUGAAGAGAACACUGUCGGUGUGGAAGUUAUGAGGAUAAAAGCCACUGACAUGGACCUGAUUCACACAGACAGUUGGCUGGCUGUUUUCAAAAUCGUUUCAGGGAAUGAGGGAGGUUAUUUCAAUAUCACUACAGAUCCCGUGACCAAUGAGGGAAUUAUCACGGUUCAGAAGGCUCUUGACUAUGAGGAACUAAAGGUGAUGAACCUGCGUGUCAUGGUUGCCAACAAAGCAGAGUACAAUUUCGGCAGUGGGAUAACAACAGGGGCAUCAACUAUCAAAGCCUACCCCAUCAAAAUUAAUGUGGUCAAUCAGAAGGAAGGCCCUCGUUUCCAACCAAGUGUAAAGGUGGUGACUGUCUCAGAGGAACGCACAUCCACCUCCCUCAACAAAAUCAUAACGAAUUACGCUGCUAUUGACACUGACACACAAAAGAUUGCCACCAACGUAAGGUAUGUGAAACACCGUGACACUGACAACUGGUUGAUCAUAGAUGAAAAGACAGCUGAUAUCAGGCUGAAAAAAAUCCCUGACCGAGAGUCCAAGUACUUGAUCAAUGGAACAUAUUAUGCUGAAAUAAUAUGUAUCACCAAUGAUGGUUCCUCAAAAACUGCUACAGGGACCAUAGCUAUUCAAGUGGAGGACCAUAAUGAUCACUGCCCAAGACUGACCUCUCACACUCAGACUAUGUGCCUUGAGGAUAGUGUGAUCUAUGUUACUGCAGUAGAUGAAGAUCACUUCCCCAAUUCAGCACCAUUUGAGUUUACUGUGAUUGAAGAGAGCACCAAAGGGAAGUGGAGAAUCGAGCCUUUUAACGAAACCACAGUCAUUCUGCGAGAACAAGCCGAUUUGUGGCCCGGCAUUCACAGAGUGACACUGAAGAUCACGGACCAGCAAGGAAAGUCGUGUGCUGAUUUUCAGACAAUAGACGUGACCGUAUGCACCUGCCAAAAAAACACUAAAGCUUGUUUGUCACGCACAACUUCAACUGCAACUUUUGGAGCUCCAGGUGUUCUGCUCUUGUUACUGGGACUGCUGCUGUUGUUGUUGGUGCCCCUCUUACUGCUCUUCUGCCUGUGUGGAGGCACAGCGGCUAUUGCCGAUUUCAAGGCUAUUCCAUUUGACACAAAACAACAGCUGAUCUCAUAUCACACCGAGGGACAAGGAGAAGACAAGGAGGUUCCACUUAUGCGUGUCCCAGUGGAGCUUGAUGGUGGCGCAGUGAACAUCAAGGAUAUCAACACCUAUGAGGGGAAGGGAUACAUUGGAGGACUGACUGACUUAGGAGGAGCAGCAGGUGGAAGAGGAACCUUAGGCAGUGCUGUGCACACAUCUGCUUGGACAGCUGACAACAUGAACCUGUACAAUCAGUACAAAUACUCCAGUGGACUAGAUAAUAUGGAAUUUAUGAAUACAGGGAUGAUGGCUGGCCAAGAUAUGAGCUUGUCCCAAUACAGAAGUGGAGCCUUUGAUGGAAUGGCUCUAUCUGACCAGUUCCUAUGGGACUACUAUUCAAGUAAAUCAGAUCAUGCCGCACAGCAAUCUCAGGUGAAGGAUGGUAUGCUGGUCUAUAAGUAUGAGGGUCAAGAGUCGCUGGCAGGUUCUGUAGGCUGCUGCAGCCUUCUCGAAAAUGAUGACGAUCUUGCAUUCCUUAAUGACCUUGGGCCUAAAUUCAAAACCCUGGCUGAGAUUUGCCAGGGAUCAACCUUGGUGACCGAGUCUGCACAUGCAGGAGUUUCUGUCCCCCCAGUCAGACCUGUGUCUCCCAUCAGGCCAUCCACUUCAACACACACACAUGUCCAUAGUCACAAAGAAAUAGUCAGGGACAGGGACCGUGUCAACAUUAACACCCUCAAUGCCUCCAAUGUAUCAUCUGGAUCUUCUACCAUUGUCCAAGAGGAGCGUAUCACUGAGAGAGCACAGAGUUCUGCAACUCUUCCCAGCUUACAUGUCCAGGACAACGUAGUGAUUCCCAGUCAGACACUUCUCAUACAGCAGCCUACUAUGUACUAUGCUGCUACGCCCAUGUAUGUAGUUGAUUCCAAGCCCCAAGUGAUGCUUGUGGCAGGGGGCGCGCAGCAGGCAGUGGGUCAAGUAGGACAAGCUGCGCUAAGCCAUGGGCUGGUGCAAGUAAGUGGCCUCCCAAGUUCCCAGGGUGUGGUACUUGUUGAUAGACAGGGAGGAACAGGACAGGCAGCACAAGGUCUUUCGCAAGGAACAAUCUCCAGAUCCACACAAGUAUUGGUGGUGGAGAAUGGGUCCACAGGAGGAGAGCAAGGUGUGCAGUUAGCACAGGGCUUUGUUCAGGCUGGACAAGGGUCUGCAGAGCAGGGCUUUGAGGUCAGAAGUCACCGUGUGCCAGUGAAAGCUCAGGGUUUUUCACUGGGUUCACACGGUUCUCUCGGGUCAAAUGAGGACGUUAAGCUGACAGUCACACCCAAGACACAGGGAAGCAAGAGAGUGGUUGUGCAGCAGAAAAAGGUGUCAGUGACUGAGAGAAAUUUUGAAACUAGUUCAAGAGCUUAGAGCAACAAUUUUGUGUAGCCUCACCAUAAAUGUCACUCUUGUUUUGACAUAUAAUGACAUACUGGCUGGACCGGAAUGUACUACAGUACGAAAUGUACUAUAGUACAUAAACAUGAUUCACAUCUAUUAAUGCAGGUUAUUGAUUGUAAAACAGGAGUUUACUCUGCUUGUAUUUGAGCGCUAUACUGUAGAUUCUCAUCCACUGCUCUGAGUAGUUCGAAUGGAACACAGACUAUAUGGUUUACUCAGCCAUCAGAGGCUUUUUCAGACUGACACUAGUUAAUAAAAUGUCUGCCCUUUCUUAACACUAAAAUUGCAUUAGUCAGCAUUAGUUAAAUACAAUACAGGAUUAGAAAUUGUAAAAUUUUACAUGGUAUUACAUGACUUCUGUUAUUAGAAUGCAGCCAGAGAAAAACAAUGGAAAUUAAAAAAAAAAACUUUCAGUGCACUUGACAGUCCUGUGCGCACUGCAUUUAUUUUAGGUAUAAAACCAGCAUGGCUUUGGGACAGUAACUAGCUAAAACAAACUAGUGCUAAAUCAGUUAAACCUACGAUGCAAACCUCCAACUUUGUGUCCUUAUCAAAGAGGAGCCAAACAGACCAAACCAAGCAGAAAGUCUACACCUUCUCCUUGGGCAGUAAUUACUGUUAGAUCAAUGCGAGUUGCCUAUCCCAGCAUCCAGCCUGCCAAGGUGCUGUAAAAGAAAGUAAUGCACUUGUUGCCAGCUGUCCCUGAAGGCUAUGCUACAGAAGCAAUAAAUAGCUGGAAUUCACAUGCAGAAAUUUGUCUUGCCCCAAACAGAUCUCAACAGUUUCAUCCACACUCCAAGAACCCCAGUCUGAGAGUUACAAACCUUAGUAAAGACUGUUGGCAACAAAAAAAAAAAGGAUUAUUAUUUCUGCACAGCAAUCAUUUAUUAUCUGUAAUUAGUCUUCAAAAAGAGUACAAUUGUUUUUCGAGUGGAAAAAGGCAGAGGUAGAGAAUGUAGCUAUUAUAAUUUUACAUUUAUCCAUAAAGAUUUUCAACACUAGAUUUAUUGCACAGAAUGAUGUAUUAUUUUUGUGUGUUGUGAUUAUAUUUUUAAGGUGCUUAAUUUGUAUAUUGCCAUAAUUCUUGUAAGGUUUAGUACUGAUUAAAGUUGUUAAACUGACUGUUUGUUGACCUAAUUCAUACUAAUAAGAAGCUGUGCAGAAAGUAGACAAAUGUUGUAACUGCAUAAAUACAAAACAAACCAAAUAAGACAUUCUCUAUUGAAUUUUUUUGCACUAUCUUUAUAUAUUUUUUCCCUAGAUGUAUGUUUUUUCAGUUCUUUUUAGAAUAAAUCAAGUCUUAAUUUCCAGAUACUUUAAGUGCUAAAGCUGAAGAAAUGUAUUUUCUGCUAUAAUUACCAGAUGGACUUUUGUGUGUGUGCGUGCGUGUGUGUGUGUGUAAAGGUAAAAUGUGGAUGAGCAGCGUUAUUAGGGACAAGCUGUUCGAUACUGCUGUUCUCGCUACUGAUGUGUAAAUGUAAACUUACUUUCUAAACUGCUGUGUGAAUAUAGCAGUGCAGUGCUAAGCUGCAGGGCUCAUGAACAUGUUUCUGUAUUAGGGGGUUUUAUCCUGUUGUAAUAAAAUCUACCAGAA